AUGGCAGACCCCUACAACCCCUACACUUCAUACCCAACGCCUACUCCUGGCGGUGUCAGUUACUAUCCCCCAGCCCCAGACGAACAAUCUUACCAGCAAGGCACAUACCCGCACCAAACGCCCCCAUACAGCAAUGCCGAGUAUGGAGGUGUGGCAUCGCCGGAUCAAAACUACACUUGUGCACCGCAGUCGAGUACAUACCACCUUCAACCGGAAGGAUACCAGGGUAAUGCGCCCGACAGAAGUUACACGCCGGUAGGACAACCCGAUCAUUUCGAUCCGGCCAGCGCUCCAGGGAUGCCGAUUCAGGGCAGCGGAAAGGUCCCAGGGAAUGCGGGAUACUAUAAUGCCCACCCUGCCGAUGAACCAAGAUACACACCAUCACACGAUUCGCAGCCACCUCCGGUUUACGUCUCGGAUGCAGAUAGUAACCGACCUCAUGAUAAAGAGAGCCGAGAUUUGAACCGGGAUGGGGAAGAUCUCGAGGGUGACCGUGGUUUUGGAGGAUCUCUUGCUGGUGGAGCCGCGGGCUAUUACUUCGGACACAAGAAAGAGCAUGGCCUUCUGGGUGCGAUUGGCGGGGCUAUACUCGGAAACUUGAUUGAAGACAAGGCAAAGAAACAUGGGAGGACCCCGUCGCCGACCUCGUCGUCGCAUGAUAGUCAUCAUAGUCACCACGUCAUCAUGGAAGCCAUCAUAGCAGUCACCAUAGCAGUCACCUCAGUCAAGUCGGGCAUGGCCACCACCACCAUGGUCAUCACCGACAUAGUCGGAGUCGAAGCCACUCACGACACCGUGACGAAGACGAUUACUGAACAUCUUCAACUUUUCAGGUCAUAA